UACCCCGACGAGUCGGUGGACCUGCGCUGCCAGUUCAUCGACGGAGGAGGCGAAACCAAACUCAACCAGGUUCGUCUUCGUCGCUUCUUCCGCCAGUCAGAGAUCGGACCGGAGUCUUUAGUCGUUCCCGAAACUUAACGGUUCGUCCCGCCUCGGGCGAUUUUACACCGCCGACCGGCGAGCUCACCGUCGCGCAAACGCCGCCGAUGUUUGUUUGCGCGUUACGCCAAAGCCGGCGAGCUCGAGUCGACGCCGAAGAAGCAAACGAGAGAGCGUCCGCUUGCCGCUCUUUGCCGUUCUCCUUCUCCGUGCUUGAAAAAGGAAGUCGAGAUGAGGCGAAUGUUGAGGCUUGGCAGUGUGGCCUUCAAAUGAACGUUUUUCUCACAAAUAUCUUUUUUUUCCCUUCGUUUGAUAAAAUGAUCAUUUAUUAUUUCCACAUUGUUUUCGAACUUUUGGAAAAAGUAAGACCGCAAUUGGCUUGCGACCAGUUGAGGGCGUACCGCGCCCUCCGGCCAAAGAUAGCCGGGAUCGGCUGCGGCGCGGACGCAAAAAGUCUGAGAAGCCAAAAGAAACAAAGGCGGUGAAAUUAGGAAUCUUGGAAAAGGAGUAAAACGUCGAUGAUCGACGAUCGCUGUCAACGCUCGCUGCAAGGAAACGUAAAGGCGCUUCUCUUUCGGCUUUGCAGCAGCGCACGUUUCGAACCUGAAAGCGGCCCGUUCAAAACGCGAGUGGAGUCGAAAGCGGCAGCCGCAGCCAAUCCCAGCGAGGGGCCGAGGGGCCGCGGGGCCGGGGGGCCGGGGGGCCGAGGGGCCGGGCGCACCCGCGGCGUCGCUCUACAAGGCCUUCGCAGGCGCAACGCGUCAUUCGUCCGCCGGGCGGGCUUUUUGGUUUGCGAUCAGGUUUCGUGGAUCUGGGAGCCCGCCGAAGGCCAGCGGGACAACAUCGCCGUCUACCAUCCCGUCUACGGCCAGAGUUUCCCCAACUUGUCCUUCAAGGACCGCGUGGCCUUCCUGCACAACAACCCGGAGAACCCGUCCAUCCGGAUCUCCCGCCUGCGCAUGUCCGACGCCGGGCGCUUCACCUGCGAGUACGCCACCUACCCGUUGGGCAACAAGCAAGGCACCACCGCGCUCGUCAUGCUGGCCAAACCCAAAAACUCCGCCAACGCGGUGACGGCGCAGGCGGGCACCGAGGCGGCGGUGGUGGCGCGGUGCCAGGCGGCGGACGCUAAGCCGGCGGCGACCAUCAAGUGGCUGGCGUCGGCGGGCGGCGACCACACCACCAGCAGCGCCGACGGGCCCGACGGCACGGUCACGGUGCGCAGCGAGUACCGGCUGGCGCCCACGCCGGCCGACGACGGCCGGGAGGUGACGUGCGUGGUGGACCAGCGCACGCAGGACAGGACCUGGGUGCAAAUUCUCCGGCUCUCUGUGGAGUACCCCCCGUCCGUCUCCAUCGAGGGCUACGACCACAACUGGUACGUGGGCCGCUCGGACGCCGCGCUGGUCUGCACGGCCGACGGCAACCCGCGGCCCACCGCCGUCACCUGGACCGCGGCGUCGGGCCCGCUGCCGGACUCGGUGCUGGUGGACGGCAACAAGCUGACGGUGAGGAAGGUGGACGACGCCGUCAACACCACCUUCAUCUGCGAAGUCAGGAACAAGCACGGCGCCGCCAAGGACCAGGUCACCGCCCUCGUCAUCGAAGCCUCGGAGCACCCGUCCGGCACCGGCGUAGUGGCGGGCGCCGUGAUCGGAUCCCUCCUGGCCCUGCUCUCGGUCGCCGCGCUGGCGGGCGUGCUGGUGACCCGCGGCCGCCGCCGGCGCCGGCGCGGCGCCGACUCGGCGGCGGCGGGCGGCGGCGGCGGCGCCGAUUACGGCAACAAGGCCCGUCUUCUCUCGGGCGGCGAGGGCAAGAACAACAGCGGGCCGGCGUCCGCGUACCGCGGGGGCUGCGACAACACCGGCACGCUGACGGAGAAGGCCGACGACUUCCGGCGCCGCCCCGCCGAGCCCUGCGCCCGCGACGUCCUCCCGGACGAAGCGGAGACGAGGAAGUUUGACGACGGCCCGGAGGAGGACGAGCGCUACGAGCGAUUCGAGGGCGGGAACGCGCUCCCUCCGGCCUAUCGCGGCCGGGACGAGAUUUACCUGGGCGACGGCAUGGAGUCUCGGCGGGACGGCUCCGUUAUUUCCCGGACGGCCAUUUACGUGUGAGGCGGCGAAGGAAUCGCCGCAAAGCCCGUCCGCUUGAACUCCGUCGAAACUGCGCAACACGCCCGCACGUGACCGGACAAGCGCCUCGCCGCCGCCCGUCGCUGCGUUGUCGUUCCUCGAGCUUCGACUCGGUUCUGUCGGACGCGUCGUCCGCGUACGACGCCGAGAAGAAGAAACGCUUUCUCGCCUUCUUUUGAGCGUGUGUGCUAAUGUGUGAGUGGCAGAGGUGGGGGACUCGAGUCGCGCGACUCGAGUCCGGUCACGUCGAAGUCGCCAAUUUUAGGACUUCGGACCGACUCGGCUAGAACUUCCAAAAGACUCGACUCGACUUUGACUCGACAUCGCUCGACAAUUCUUGCCUUUACGUUCCCGAAUCGGCCUUUUCAAGAUGUCUGUGCUGUGCCGUUCGCUUCGUUUUCUUUUUGGUGUCGUCUGCGCGAAGCGGCGGUUGGCGCUGAUGUGGAGGCGACAGGCCGGCUCGUGAAUUAAGUUUGGAGUUUGACACUUGAAGACGAGUACCUUUGGAUCGAGGGAUUAGGUUUUGGAUCAAAUCGGGAACAUGAGAAUGGCGACCUACGGGGUUCGCGGCGACGGUUGACAGAGACGCAGCCAAAAUGACACGUGACUCCAUCCGUCACCGUCGAGCCCCGCACAGACGGUGAGCCACGUUAACUUCGCGCUCUAGCUAACCGAUAGCCGCUCCAGGUACUAGCAGCGCCGGCGGGCGCCGGUUUCGACGGCCGCUCCGCAACGCUCCCCUUCCGUCGAUCUCGCCACGACGUCGGCCCGAUCGCGGCCGAGGCGAGCGCUGUAAGCGGCUCUUUGGGUUCUUGCUUUGUUUUUGUUGUUUGUUUGUUUUUUUUCAGUUGAAGAUGAAGAAUCCAUUUUCAGUUCCCAUCCCCCGUUUUGACUGAGCAAGAUCGUAUCGCUUCAUUUGCGACCAGUGUUGGGGAGUAAUAAUUACUCGUAACGACAUGAUGUCCUUUCAUUCCGAAAUGUACGUCCUUUUAAUCUAUGACAUUACUGGGAGCAAAUGCGUCAUCAAAUGAUGCUUUUGGAAGUUUCCACGUUUACAAUGUGAGUUACAUUUGAAAAAUCGCCGGAAAAUCUCAGAGAUUUUGUUCAUAUCACUUCCUGCUUCAAAACCCGGCGCUUGUGAUCGGCUCUCCCUGGUCAGGUGCCAUUCUGCAGUAGCCUCAAACGUCACCUAUUUUUCCAAAUAUGACCUCAAAGCGCCACCUUGUGGUGUAAUCUAUUCGUGUGUUUUGAAAAGGAUCGACUCUCUUUGAAGACCUAAAAGAACGCGUGAACACUUCCCUCUCUAUAAUGUUUGACUUCUCGAUAGAACGUUGACUUAUCGGGCGGUCGUAUGAAGUGAUGAUUGUAAUUUGUCGUUUGUCAUUAGGUCGACAAGGUGUGCCGUGUUGUCCGCAUAGUAUACACACACAUGAUGUUACAAAGACAUUUUUGUGUCAUUAUUAACAUGUUAUGUUGUUUAAUCGCUUUAUUAUUUGUGCCAAGAACAAAUCCAAAAUAAUCCUCUGUGGACUCUUUGUCAAGGAACCGUCCGAGGGUCCGGUCGAUUCAUUCGUUCAAAAUGAAAUCGAGUCCUCAAAACGGAACGAGUUUGAGAAAGUCAUGGAAAUCGUUCCACUCGUCGCAAUUCCCUCUUCAACAGCUUCACUUGAAGUCCAAGUCAACUUGCCAAGCCCGCUUCCGACUCGAAACUCAGCGUGGACUCGACGUGCUUGAUUUUUCGCCGCAGUCAUUUGGGACUCGCUUAAGACUCGAGACGGACUUGUGACUUGCUCCCACCUCCGGUUAACGGCGUGCGUCGCCUUCUGUCGACCGGGCGUCGUCUCGCCGCCGUCGACGUCGGAUCCCGUUCGGCAGAUUGCGAAAUACCAUUUCCAUGAUGUUCCUCGGUUUGGUCCCUCCCCGCGUGCUUCUCUAUUUCUGGCGUCCAUCUCGUGCGCGCGUCUUUAUCGACGCGGCGUUUCGAAAAGCCAAUCUGCAAAAAAAAAGCCAAUCUGCAAACCUCGUUGGGCGACGCUCUCGGGAACCUGGCUCGCCCUGAAUCCUCCUCAGCGCGUCUUUUCAACAAGAUUGGAGCUUUUAUUCCCGUUUUUUCUUUUGCUCCCUUGUUCCGCGGUUUGUUCCGGCAAAUCCCAGGAACACUCGACAGAAUUGCGUGUGCGCGUGUGCGUGCUUGAGCAUUGUAAUUCGUGAUUGCAUACGCUGAGGAUUAGGAUUUUCACGACAAACGUAUGAUCAUCCUUUUCGUAUUUUGCAGUGCUUGACGACAAAGUGCUCACACGACAUCACCAUUUAAACGGGAACCCGGGAUGCGGGUGCACGGACGGAGGUCGCGGUUCGCCCCCUCGCGUGUGCUCGUCCAGCUCCCUGCCGUCUCGUGUCCUCGAGUGCGGAAAGUGCCGGCAAAAGGUGGGGAAAGCCAGAUGCUCGUGGUUAGCGUAACGCUAACCACCUUUCGACGACGCGAGCCUGCCCUCUUCCGGCCUUGCUUCACGACGAAUGAACGAGAUCCGCUGUUGCCGGGCGGAUCUCAAACGUGAGGAUGUUGCUAGGUCGUCACCUGUAGGAGGUUCAGUUGGUAUAAAAAGUCGACACACCCCUGUUGAAACGCCAGGUUUUUAAGUGCCUUUGAUGAACCCCAGAUCAAGUUAAUCUGUUCUAGUAGGCUUUUCCUGACCUUUUUUUUUUUUGCUUCCUACCAGUUUUGUUUUGUGCUAACUCUGACUGCUAUUUGGAACUGUUCCUAAUUCCCUCCUCCACCUUGUCGAAGGUCCCAGGUCCGGCUAAAGAAAAACAGCCCCAAAGCAUGACACCGCCGCCGCCGUGUUGCACUGGAGUGCUGGUGUUCCUUUGGUGUUUUUUGGAAUUAAGGCCAAAAAGUGCAAACUUGGUUCCUUCGUACUGUUCCACAUUUCCCCGCGUGUUUGAAGAUUUUGUUACGGUCAGGGGAAACCAAGGUUGAACUUUGGGGCCUUAGACAAGGUGGAGGGAUCGAUGAACAGUUCCAAACAGCAGCAGUCAAUGUUAGCACAAAACCUACAGGCUAUGCUAUCAAGCAUAUAAAUGUCAGGAAAUGCCUACUAGAACAUCUGAACUUUAUUUGGAGGUAAUCAGAGGCAACUAAAAUGGUGGCAGGUGUGUGCUGACUCCAAUUUAACCUGAGUUUGAAUGUGAUUGGUUCAUUCUGAACACAGACACAUCCUAGUUAUAAGAGGGUGUGCACAAUUGUGCAACCACAUUGAAGUCAUUAAUUUUUAAUUCCCCUCUUAAAAAGGUUGUUUUAAAAAACACCAGUUGUUAAUGGUGGAAAUGAUCUCGGUCUCAUUUGUUAUAUCGCAAACACCUGGCAUUUGAAAAGGGAAGACUAUUUAUAUCCACGAUGUGUGCAUUGUUAAACGGGAUUUACACUGCCUGCUUCAAGCGAAAGAAUGACUAUAUCAUGUUGUUGUUUGCUCGCAAGUUGCACAAUUGUGAGGGGAAAGAAUGAGGCCUCUUCUAAACGCGUGUACAAAUCGCCAAAACGUAUCGGAUAUCUGCCGAUGCGAGCGCAGUGUACAAGCACAAACGGCGAAAAACGCCGCACAAACGGCGAAUAACGCCGCACAAACGGCGAAAAACGCCGCACAAACGGCGAAUAACGCCGCACAAACGCUAUGUCCUCCGUCAAUGCCAGCUCGACGUCGUCCAAAUGCACGGACCGGUGACGUGUAUCCGCCGGCGUCUGAUGAAGCCCAGGCCAACUCGAUGGCUAAAUGUAACGCUUGAUAAUUGUACUGUUUGCGUAUUGUUGUUUACUUCCGUGUUGACGCCUGUGUAGUUAUUGAUGCUCAAUUUGUGCUUCUGCGCAUGCGGGUUGUUUCAAGUGUUCUUUGAAUGUAAACACAGUCACGUGUGUUACUUGAAAUGUAUUUUUUAGACCGUCAAAUAUUUUGGAACGAAUUGGGAAUCGAGCGCUGCAGUGUAAAUCGAGCGGCGUUUUCACGUUUGAACACUUUUGCCUCGUUCGUCUGCUGCUUUCUCCGUUGUUGUUUUAACGUUUGUAUUUCUUCAUGCAUCAUUUCUUAUUGCGGACGAACUAUAACACGAUGGCUGGAGAAAAUAAAAUGUGCGCGUGCUACGUGACGGGUUUCGGUCAUUGCGGUACGUAAAAAAAAAACCAAAAGGCCGUGUGAGUACUUCGGAAGUGGUGUCUUUGCUUAAUGUCGCGGCGUGCCACUGCAACCUGUCGAGACGAGCCGGAAGGGCGGUUUUCUCGCCUCCUUCCGAGGUGCGCUUCUUGUCUAAAAAUAAAAUGUGACGAUCAGCGAGCGGUUGUGCCGUGUGGGUCGCACGUGCGAGCGCGGGGAGGUCCAUCAAAAGGAAGCCGAGAUGUUUCGGCCUCCGUCAGCUGAUCGUCUCGCACAAAAGGAGCGAUUAGCCGCUGUAAAACCCUAAGCGAGUGUUGACUGUUCCUCGACAUCCCGUGCGGGCCGUUCCGCCGAAACAUCGCACGAGUCGAGCCUUUCUGGUGUCACCGCGUCCCCGAAGGGUGCUUUGACGCCAGCUCAGAAGACGACGCUUUGAUGAACAAACAAACCCUUUUCUUAGCCGAGUUUCGAGACGCUUUCGCCCGAUAAAUCAAAGAAAAGCCUGACCGAAGCAGCGGUUUCAUUUCUUUCCAGCGCCUGCCGUUAGCUCGCCUCGGCACGUCUUUUCUCCGGUGGGUUCCCGCGCUCCUUCGUCAGGAAUCGCAACUUUGCCGCCUAAUGAGCGGCGGAGUCGUGCGGCGAGAUUUGUUUCCUGGGGCAAAUUAUUUGAAUAAAAGCUUCACUCUGGAGCAAACCUCCGCGGCACAGCCGGCGAUCAGUGCGCGAUUACCCGCAAUGCGCCGCCGGGCACCCGGUCGGUCGUUUGCAUAAGUCUCUCGACACCGCAUGGUGACCCUUGUCGUCACGCGCGCUCAAGUGACGGAACUGAACCGUCGCCUUAAUUCUAUUUUCCUCAUGAGAUGAAGUCAAGCUUAUUUAUAGACCUUAAUCACAAAAGCGUCUCAAAGGGCUUCGCAGGCCCGCAGUCAAAAAGUCAAGGACAUCGCCAGGGGCCUCACGUACAAAGACUCGCGCGGAUUUCCUGCAGAAACACGGCGUACGCACAAAAAUAAUCCGAGCACGUUUCCUUCGUACGUCCCGAUCGACGUGGACACGAGCGCACGCCCGGCGUGCGUUCGAAUAUGCAAAUCGGGCACCCGAGAUCCCGAUCGCUGCGUGAUCGAAGAAAAAGGUUUUGCUCAACGAAGAAGAAAAUCCUCGUUGGCACGCUGUCCUCCGGCGUUAACGACACGCCGAAGACGAGCGAACGGGGCGGCGCGUUUGCGGAGCGAGGCGCUGCGACCGUGGCCGACCCCGAUGGCCCCGCGAGCUUGAUAUCAAGCGUUUGGAGAACUGCGUUCGUACGGUAACCUGCACUCGGCCCCGCGAGAUGAAGGUUCAUGCGGAAAUGUUGCCCGUGCGCUAUUCGUAAGCGAUCGUUUGAAUUCAAACAGAAGCA